ACAUAUAGGAGCUAGCGCAUUGCGUAGUUACAAAUUGUCACUUUGAACAUCAAGACGUGUUUGUGCGUUGUUCCCCAGAAUUUGAGUGCUCCACUCAGAAUUGAAGCAAAAUUUGUGGUGAAUUUCAGAGAUACACUUAUCAGCCUCACAGCUGACCCUGUUUCGGAAGCUUUCGGAUUAAAAGAAAAGGAAAAAGGAACUCCACUCUGUGAAGUGUUGUUCUGUUGUUGAUUCAGUCGAGUGAAACUAGUGUGUUUAAUUUCAUCUGUUUAUUUUUUGGGGCGUUUAAUCCGCGCAGCGGAUUGCGGUUGAAGGAAAAAAGACAAUUAGGAAUUUUCUUUGUUCCCAAGCAUUUUAGGAAGCUGAUCGUAGCAAACUCUGAAAAUACGCUGACAUUUUAAGUUUGGUUUCGAAGUGAUAUACAUAUAGAAGAAAUAUAUUAUUGGUUCAAUAUAGAAUUGAAUGGUGUAUGAGUUGAGGAUAUAAAAAAGGCAGAACUUUUCGGACUUCAAAACAAUAUGGCAGACAGUUUGGUAGAAACUUCUGCUUCCAGCUCGAGUCAUUUGAUAAAUCUCGGCGGAAUGAAUCAGCUUCCAGUAGAUUUGCAGCCGGGUUCGUCAACCGGAACCUCGUCGUUAUCCUCUUCGUCGGCCUCAUCUGCGGUCGCGUCUUCGUCCUCAUCCUCGUCCGGUGGAAUGGGGCAGGCCUCGACAUUAUUGAUUUCCGUGGCCACUCAGCAACCGACCCAUGGUUUGAAUUUGAGCGAGCAAAUUAUGACUUCCAGCCAGGAACUGAAUCUUAGCCUAGGCAACACGAGCUCUGGGGUUGUGGGUCAGGUAGAGUGCAAAGAUGUGGCAAAAUCCGGACGAUUAGCCGAUCAUCCGGACGAGGACGAGCCGGAAGCGAAACGGAAGAAAAUCGAUAAACCCACAACCAAGAUGAUUGAAAAGCUGGAGGCCCGUCUUGGCGGCAUACUUUGCUGUGCCGUCUGUCUGGAUUUACCGCGGACAGCGAUGUACCAGUGUACAAUGGGCCAUUUGAUGUGUGCAGCUUGCUUUACCCACUUGCUGGCAGAUGGUAGAUUGCGUGAUCAGAAUGCGACCUGUCCGAACUGUCGCACCGAGAUAAGCAAGAAUAACUCGUCCCGCAAUCUGGCGGUCGAGAAGGCUGUCUCGGAGUUGCCUAGCGAGUGUCAGUACUGUGGCAACGAGUUUCCGAACAAAUCGAUCGAGUACCAUGAGAGUACGGAAUGCGAAGAGCGUCCAACUGAGUGCAAGUUCGCCCGGAUUGGAUGCCAAUGGCGUGGGCCAACGCACGAGGUGCCAUCGCACGAAACGAAUUGUGUCCAUCCAAAGAAAUCGGGCGCCGAGGUGAUGGUCGCUUUGCAGGCCCAUGACGCCCGGGCUACUGAAGAGAGGAAGCUUUUCCUCACCCUGAUUGAUCUAUUGAGUUACGAGAAGAUUAUCUUCAAUGAUCUACAGAUGAAACCCUAUCGCACUGACGAGUACGUUCAUCGUUUAUACUACGAAACGUCCCGUUUCUCCGCGUUCAACCACCAGUGGGUUGUGAAGGCGAUCAUCAACAAGAGUCAACGCGAUCCGCAUCAAUCGAGCGAGCGGGAUAUCACUUAUCAAUUGAUAUUGAAGUCUAAGACCACAAGCCCUCUGCCGAUGCAUUUCUUCAUUCUUCGGGGUCCCUUCUCGGAUAUCAAGGUUGACACACAGAUCUACAAACACGAUUUCACUGAAACCGAAACGGAAAGCCCAUUCAAUCUGAUGCCCCUACCGGACACAGCCGAGUGCAACCGGCUGCUGGCGGCGAAGGCGAUCAAUUUCAGAUUGAUAAUGUUUCUAGCGUCGAAGUAAAAUCGCCCAGCAUGAGAAAUUAUUACCAGGAUAGUUACGUGUUGCAUCAACAUUUUAUUUUUAGUUGAAUUUUUUUCUUGUAGAAUCAGGAAUAAGAAGAAGAUUAGCGCUCACGGUACACUCGAUUUAUAGCUGUAUCCUACAAAUGAUUUUAAGUUGUCUACCCAGAGAAGCCAAAUUUGUACGUUUUCACUUAGCUGUAGUGUUUUUAUUUCCGUACACGUCCAAAUUAGAAGCUACUACAUACUACAAGAGCACAGUUGAGCUGUGCCAUUUUGAAUUUGUUUGUAAUAAAAGCAAAAGAAGUGAUUUUUUGAUUCAGAACUAAUCGCGUCAACGAAAAGCAAAAAGCGAAUCGCACUUAAGGUGCAAACUCGACAGCCACUUUACUGCCGUAAUCUCGCAUUUUGACGUAAACGAUUAAAUGUAGGCAGUUGUAUAUGAGACGAGAUUUUGAAACAGACACUCCGAAUACAUACUUUGUAGUUCUAAAACAACAUGUAUAUUAUAAAUGUAGCACUGUAUAAGAACGGACUGUUUUUCAUUGAAACAUUUGGCAUAACAAGCUUUUCGAAAAUGUGGCUUCUUACAAGAAAGAAUGUGACUGAAUGUGACUUUUAUUAUGCUAAACGUCCAUUACGAAAGAUGUUAUGUGAAUGUACUAUCCCAUCUCGUUCAUCCUAUGCCAUCAGAUCAGAUUAAAACACAUCACAUCUCAACCAACUUGGUCUUACGUCACAUCAUAGUGGAAAUGGCGCUUACGUCACUCUGUUUUCAAGUUAUUACGGGGUCCUUUACUUACAUUUCUGUAUAACUUCGGAGUUUUUCUGGAAGUAUUUGGUAUUUUUUAUCGAUCUAUAACAAAAAAGGAAAAUGUCAAUUUUGGCGCUUACGUCACUUUGCGAGUUUACGAAUAAUGUAGGUCGAUAUAAUUGCCUGAUUGGCUUUGAAUGACCUAACCUAACAUACAGUGGAAUAAUGAAAUGCAGUGCAUUUCUUAUUUCGAACCACAGAACAACUAAUUCAGCGAGGCUUAAGCAGUAUAUUGUUUAGUUGUAUACGCAAUAACAUCUUAAAAUUGACCCUAAUUUCUGAUUGUAGCUUCGCUUCCGACUCAAAUCAUUCAGAUUUUGUUAAACUUUUCGAAUCAGUUCUAGUAUGUUAAUAAGAUUGUGUGAUAUUCGGGCGUUAGCAGGAGGGAAAUCUCGAAAAGAGUAGGUUUCUUCCGGUUCGCUUCGACGAUGGGAAAUAAAACUGUUGCGAGUGCCGCAUCAGUUAUUAGAUGUAAUCUAAAGAGGAAACAAUUUUCUAGAAUAGGUCGAACAAAAGGAAAGGAAAAUUAUAAAAAACAAAUAUAUAUAUAUAUAUAUAUAUAUAUAUAUAUAUAUAUAUAUAUAUAUAUAUAUAUAUAUAUAUAUAUUAAUCGCGUUCUGAGGCCCCAAGUUUAUUGUAGUGAUAUCACGGUGCCACAUAUGACGCAAGCUACUGUAAAGAAAGUUGUCAUAUAAGCGAGCAACGCGAGAACUUUGCAAUAUUUCAUUCAUGCUAGUGUACGUACCCUUUUUACUGACCUGAUUUUUAAUUAAUUGUAUCGACUGUAAGCUUUUGGACGAAGAAACCAUUGAGCAAGGUAAAUGAGUGGCAUAUAUUUAUAUAAUAUCUAUUUGAUUUUGAGAGGUAAAAUUAAGCCGACAUAUUUACAUACCACUGUAAUGUAAUUUUAGGUAUGUCACAAACACAAUAUUCUGCGUAUAUUGGUUAAUAGAUAUUCUUUUUCU